GGCCAUAAACGUUGGGGAAAAAUAUCUGGCGGGGAAGAUAGAUGCCGAACACACUGUGUCACAGGUAGUCAAGUGGCAAAAAACAAAUAAACAGACAGCAGAACUCUUGUCAACCAAGCUCACAGACAAAUCCCAGGGCAUUGACCUAGUCCAAUGGUUCCAAGAAAUAUGCAACCUAAAAACAG